AGGCUGCGCAGGGCGGGUUGGGCCUUCCGUGGGACGGAGACGAGGAUGGGGGGCGGCGGGAUGUAUCACCCAAAUACCAGCGGGUGAGUCGGCGGCCGAACCAGCCAGGCAGGUCCGGUGGAGUAUAAGAGCGGGAGGGAGUGGCGGGCGGCAGACGCCUGGAGACCGUCUCAGACGGCGGAGCCGGAACCCAGCGCAGUCCCCAGCCCUCACCAGCCCGCGCCCCGUCCGCGCUCCUCCGCCCCACCAUGGCCCGGGGUCCGGGCCUCGCGCUGCUGUGGCCGUCGCUGCUGCCGCCGCUCCUGCUGCUGGCGGCGCUGAUCGGCCACGCGGCCGCGCAGGACAACUGCACGUGCCCCACCAACAAGAUGACUGUGUGCAACCGGAGCGGCCCGGACGGCCGCUGCCAGUGCCGCGUGCUCGGCUCGGGCCUGGAGGUCGACUGCUCCACGCUCACGUCCAAGUGCCUGCUGUUCAAAGCGCGCAUGAGCGCCCAGAAGAGCGGCCGCGCGCUGGUGCAGCCGAGCGAGCAUGCGCUCGUGGACAACGACGGCCUGUACGACCCGGACUGCGACCAGCAGGGCCGCUUCAAGGCGCGCCAGUGCAACCAGACGUCUGUGUGCUGGUGCGUGAACUCGGUGGGCGUGCGCCGCACGGACAAGGGCGACCUGAGCCUGCGCUGCGACGAGCUGGUGCGCACCCACCACAUCCUCAUCGACCUGCGCCGCCGCCCGGCCGUCCGCGCCUUCAACCACUCACACCUGGAUGCCGAGGUGCGGCGGCUUUUCUGGGAGCGUUACCUGCUGCACCCCAAGUUCGUGGCGGCCGUGCACUACGAGCACCCCACCAUCCAGAUCGAGCUUCAGCAGAACGCGUCGCAGAAGGUCGCCGGCGAUGUGGACAUCGCCGACGCCGCCUACUACUUCGAGAGAGACAUCAAGGGCGAGUCGCUGUUCCCGGGCCACAGCGGCCUCGACGUGCGCGUGCGCGGAGAGCCCCUGCUGCUGGAGCGGACGCUCAUCUACUACCUGGAUGAGAAGUCCCCGCAGUUCUCCAUGAAGCGUCUCACCAGCGGCCUCAUCGCCGUCAUCGUGGUGGUCCUGGUGUCCCUGGCCGCCGGCGUGGCCGUCCUGGUAAUCACCAACCGGAGGAAGUUGGGGAAGUACAAGAAGGUGGAGAUCAAGGAACUGGGGGAGAUGAGAAAGGAACCGAGCUUGUAGGUACCGAUGGGGCUGGGGUGGGGUGGGGUAGGGUAUCGGAUUUCAGCAAGGUCCCAGACCCAAGUGAGUCACGCUUCUUGAUUCUUGGCCCCAAGGAGGCCUUUCUCCCCCCAGAUUCCUGCCUCCCCCCACCGCCACCAAAUUUAAUAGAUCCUGUUCUCUGGGUCACCUCUUUCUGACUUCUGUCCUGAAGGAAGCAUUUCUAAAAUUCCUCCCCUUUCUGUCCAACCAGAAACCUGACUCGAAGGGUUAGGGAAGUUUGGCAUAGGGUUAUGUAUAAGGGUCAAGUGUUUGUGUGACAACACAGCAUCGUUUACAAGUGACGCAAAAUCAAUGCUGAAGGCUAAAUGCGUUGAGAUGGGAAACAGCGCUUUUACUGUCUUGGGUUUAAGUUAUUUGAUUAGCGCCACUUGCAUUGUGGCUUUCCUGAUGAGGAGUUCGCAACUUGGCCCCGUGUAGUAUCCUCAUUUACCAUCGUUUGUACUGAUAUUACCGACCACACAUGCUUGUCAUCGGGAAAGAAGCCUGUUUCAGCUGCCUGAACACAUUUUAGAUGUCUUUGUUUGCCGGCAGACUUUGGCCCAGAAACUCAGCAUCUGUUCUUCAACUUGCCCUUAUUACAGCUGAUACUAGUAAUGUUUCUUCUGUAAAAUGUUUGUAUAUAGGUUGUCUUUGAUAAUGCUGUUGUGAUUUUUAAAAUAAAAAAAAAGAAUGUAAUAAAAUAUAAAAAA